CGGAAGUGACACAGGACCCUGUGCAGAUCUGGGAGGCUGGGGCUGCUGGAAGAGCUUGGGCCCACGUGCCCCCAGUACUGGCCAGCCGGAGCCUCUGGCUUCCCUAGAUCCCGAGAAGACCUUAAUGAGACCCACCGGCCUACUUCCCAAGCACAGCCAUGUCUGGUAAUGGUGACGCGGCUGAAACGACGCACUCCCACUGAGAACUGCCUUGUCUGGCAUGGGCUUCAUGGCUCAGUGUCCUGGUUACUGCAACAGCAGCAGGUCCUGUUGUCACUUCCCUCCGGUCCCUGCAUCUCUGGCUUCCUGAGCAGGGAAGAAGGAAGAAAACAGCCCAAAGAUGAGAGUGAUUCGUGUAGGUACCCGUAAGAGCCAGCUGGCUCGUAUACAGACAGACAGUGUGGUGACAACGCUGAAAACAUUAUAUCCUGGCCUGCAGUUUGAAAUCAUUGCCAUGUCCACCACUGGGGACAAGAUUCUUGAUACUGCACUCUCUAAGAUUGGGGAGAAGAGCUUGUUUACCAAGGAGCUGGAACAUGCACUGGAGAAGAACGAAGUGGACCUGGUUGUUCACUCCCUGAAGGACUUGCCCACCAUGCUUCCUCCUGGCUUUACCAUUGGAGCUGUCUGCAAGCGGGAGAGCCCCUAUGAUGCUGUUGUCUUUCAUCCAAAAUUUGUUGGGAAGACCCUAGAAACCUUGCCGGAGAGGAGCGUGGUGGGAACUAGCUCCCUGCGGAGAGCGGCCCAGCUGCAGCGAAAGUUCCCGCAUCUGGAGUUCAGGAGUAUUCGGGGAAACCUCAACACCCGGCUUCGGAAGCUGGAUGAGCAGCAGGAGUUCAGUGCCAUCAUCCUAGCCGCAGCCGGCCUACAGCGCAUGGGUUGGCAGAACCGGGUGGGACAGAUCCUGCACCCUGAGGAAUGCAUGUAUGCUGUGGGUCAGGGGGCCCUGGGCAUCGAAGUGCGAUCCAAGGACCAGGACAUCCUGGACCUCGUGGGUGUGUUGCAUGAUCCUGAGACUCUGCUCCGCUGUAUUGCUGAACGGGCCUUCCUGAGGCACCUGGAAGGAGGCUGCAGUGUGCCAGUAGCAGUACAUACAGCUGUGAAGGAUGGACAACUGUACCUAACUGGAGGAGUAUGGAGUCUGGAUGGCUCAGAUAGCAUGCAAGAGACCAUGCAGGCCAAUGUCCAUAUCCCAGCCCAGUAUGAGGAUGGCCCUGAGGAUGAUCCACAGCUGGUAGGCAUCACUGCCCUGAACGUUCCACGAAGAGCCCAGCUGGCUGCUGAGAACCUGGGUAUCAGCCUGGCCAGCUUGUUGCUGAACAAAGGAGCCAAGAACAUCCUGGACGUUGCACGGCAGCUUAAUGAUGCCCACUAACUGGUCUGUUGGGCACUCCUGGGUUGCACUUGUCUAGUGCCCGUGUUCCAGCUCAGUGCCCCAUUCUCACUGCUAACUGGGGAGUGAUUACCCAGGAGAUUAAACUGCAGUCUGAGACUCCUGGGGGGCCUGCCUUGCCUUGGGGCCUUGGUGACUUUGCUUGGCCUUUUCAGUAGGUGGGGACUUCAUCUCUUUUAGAGAAGUCCAAGCCACAGCCUUUGAAUGUAACCAGCUCUAAUAAACCAGCUCUGAAGGU